GGGCGGCCGCCCUCCGGCUGCCGAGGUCCGGACUCGGGAGCCCUCGCGGGGCCCUGCUGGCAGGUGGAGGCGCUGACCUGGUACACGGAGAGGGUGCUGUCCGGGUUCCUCCCGCUUCACCCCGGCCUCGGACCCUCCCCGAGAGUCAAGAGGGGGCGCAGUGGGGGCCCUGUUCGUGUCCGAGGCUGGCUGCGCGUCUUGGUGCCUCCCGUUCCCCCUUUUGCCCCGGCCCUGUCCUCAGCGUUCGGUUCCCGGCAGGUGCCGCUUCACCCGGCGCGCCGGGAGGAUCAGCGCGGCCCGUGCCCCUCCCCCGCACAACAAAGCCGGAGCCACCCCCACCUGCAGAUGGCUUUACAUGGCCCCGACGCCACCCAGAUAGGCACCUGUUGGCGGAAGUGCCCGAGUCACCUCCUUAGGCUAGAGGACUGGGGACACUCCGCAGCCACCCUUCAGGCUGACUGGUGGAACAGUAUCCCAGUACUGCUGAUGGCCUGCCGGCCUUGCCGAGGAGCUGGGCGUAUCUGGUGUUGCCGAUCUCACAAGAGUGAGCCUAGAAGCUGGUCGCUGCUGGAACAGUUGGGCUUGGCCGGGGCAGACCUGGCAGCCCCUGGGGUGCAACAGCAGCUGGAGCUGGAGCGAGAGCGGCUGAGGCGAGAGAUCCGCAAGGAGCUGAAGCUGAAGGAGGGUGCAGAGAACUUGCGAAGGGCCACCACCGACCUGGGCCGUAGCCUAGGCCCUGUGGAGCUGCUACUUCGGGGUUCUGCACGUCGCCUGGACUUGCUGCACCAGCAGCUGCAGGAGCUGCACGCACAUGUGGUGCUGCCUGACCCUGCAGCAGGCAAUGAUGCUCCCCAAUCCCCAGGGGACAGUGGCCCCACCUGCUUAUCCACCAACCUAAGCCGAGUGGCUGGCCUAGAGAAGCAGCUGGCCAUUGAGCUGAAGGUCAAACAAGGAGCAGAAAACAUGAUCCAGACCUACAGCAACGGCAGCACCAAGGACCGGAAGCUGCUACUGACAGCACAGCAGAUGCUGCAGGACAGUAAGACCAAGAUCGAUAUCAUCCGCAUGCAGCUCCGCCGUGCACUGCAGGCUGGCCAGCUGGAGAGCCAGGUGACCCCUGAUGAGGCCCAAGGGGAUCCAGACCUGGGAGCGAUAGAGCUACGCAUCGAGGAGCUGAGACACCACUUCCGAGUCGAGCAUGCUGUGGUGGAAGGUGCCAAGAAUGUCUUGCGUCUGCUCAGUGCUGCGAAGGCCCCAGACCGCAAGGCCGUCAGCGAGGCUCAGGAGAAAUUGACCGAGUCCAACCAAAAACUGGGGCUGCUGCGGGAGGCGCUGGAGCGGCGCCUCGGGGAGCUGCCCGCCGACCACCCUAAGGGGCGGCUGCUGCGGGAGGAGCUUGCGGUGGCCUCGUCCGCAGCCUUCAGCGCACUCCUGACUGGGCCCUUCCCCGCCAUGCCCUACAGCACCCUGUGCAAGCCUGCGCCACUCACAGGGACCCUGGAAGUACGUGUGGUAGGCUGUAGGGACCUUCCAGAGACCAUCCCUUGGAACUCUUCCACCUCGAUGGGGGCACCUGGGACCCCUGAUAGCCGUACACCUUUUCUGAGCCGCCCAGCCCGGGGCCUUUACAGCCGGAGUGGAAGCCUCAGUGGUCGGAGCAGCCUCAAGGCAGAAGCUGAGAGCACAAGCAAGCCGGAAGAAUGUUCCACUGUUUCCUGCUGCCCUCUCCUGGUUUCAGCUGAGGUCAGCACUGUGCUCAAGUUGGACAAUGCAGUGGUGGGACAGACAUCCUGGAAGCAGUGUGGCCCCAAUGCUUGGGACCAGAGCUUCACCCUGGAGCUGGAGAGGGCUCGGGAGCUGGAAUUAGCAGUGUUCUGGCGGGACCAGCGGGGCUUGUGUGCGCUCAAAUUUCUGAAGUUGGAGGACUUCUUGGACAAUGAGAGGCACGAAGUGCAGCUGGACUUGGAACCCCAGGGCUGCCUGCUGGCUGAGGUCACCUUCCGUAACCCACUCAUUGAGAGGAUUCCUCGGCUCCGGAGGCAGAAGAAAAUCUUCUCCAAGCAGCAAGGGAAAGCCUUUCAGCGUGCCAGACAGAUGAACAUUGAUGUGGCCACAUGGGUGCGGCUGCUCCGGAGGCUUAUCCCCAAUGCCACGGCCACAGGCACCUUCAGCCCCAGUGCAUCCCCAGGCUCCGAGGCCCGGCACACAGGAGACAUAUCCAUGGAGAAGCUGAACCUCGGGGCAAACCUGGACAGCUUGCCUGAGAAGAGCCUACCUGGGCCACCGUCCAGCCCAUCUAGUCUGAGCUCCCUGACUCAGCAAUCCACCUCUACUCCAGAGCUGCCUUCAGAGACCCAGGAGACCCCAGGCCUUGGCCUGUGCAGCCCCCUGAGGAAGUCACCCCUGACACUUGAGGACUUCAAGUUCCUGGCGGUGCUGGGCCGGGGUCACUUUGGGAAGGUGCUGCUGUCUGAAUUCCGCUCCAGUGGGGAGCUCUUUGCCAUCAAGGCCUUAAAGAAAGGUGACAUCAUAGUCCGAGAUGAGGUGGAGAGCCUGAUGUGUGAAAAACGGAUCUUGGCUGCUGUGACCAGCGCAAGACAUCCCUUCCUGGUGAACCUUUUCGGCUGUUUCCAGACCCCCGAGCAUGUGUGCUUUGUGAUGGAGUACUCAGCGGGUGGGGACCUGAUGCUGCAUAUCCACAGCGAUGUGUUCUCAGAGCCUCGGGCUGUCUUCUAUUCGGCCUGUGUGGUGCUGGGUCUGCAGUUCCUUCAUGAACACAAGAUUGUCUACAGGGACCUGAAGUUGGACAAUUUGCUCCUGGAUACCGAGGGCUAUGUCAAGAUCGCAGACUUUGGCCUCUGCAAGGAGGGGAUGGGAUAUGGGGACCGGACCAGCACAUUCUGUGGGACUCCAGAGUUCCUGGCGCCAGAAGUGCUGACAGACACAUCCUACACACGGGCAGUGGAUUGGUGGGGACUAGGUGUGCUGCUCUACGAGAUGCUGGUCGGCGAGUCUCCGUUUCCUGGGGACGAUGAGGAGGAGGUAUUUGAUAGCAUCGUCAACGAUGAGGUUCGCUAUCCCCGCUUCCUGUCAGCAGAGGCUAUCGGCAUCAUGCGAAGGCUGCUGCGGAGGAAUCCAGAGCGGAGGUUGGGGUCCACUGAGCGAGAUGCAGAAGAUGUGAAAAAACAGCCUUUCUUUAGGACCCUGAGCUGGGAUGCCCUACUGGCCCGACGCCUGCCCCCACCCUUUGUGCCCACGCUUUCGGGGCGUACUGAUGUCAGCAACUUCGACGAGGAGUUCACUGGGGAGGCCCCGACGCUGAGCCCACCCCGAGACCCUCGGCCCCUCACGGCAGCGGAACAAGCGGCCUUCCGGGAUUUUGACUUUGUGGCAGGGGGCCGCUAGCUCCCCCGUCCUGCCUCGCCGAAGAGCACUUAGUUUUUAAGAAGGCCUUUGGGCUUUGCCCCACACAUA